AUGAAAGGAAGCACGAGUAAAAAUGAAGAUGUGUGGUGCACUGAUUGUAAGGAAGGUCACACAAAAGGCACUUGCCCAAAGAAGGCAUUCUGCGAAAUUUGCCAAAUGUUGGGACACGCCGUCAAAGAGUGUCCCUACAACAUGAAAACAAAAGGGAACCAAGUAUUCUUCGCACAAGAGCAACCCCCACUGUCUACAGCUGUGGGCUCUGCCAAGCCACAAGCCGAUGCCACUGCAUCAUCCGGUGGCUAUAUAGGCAACCGAAGAGGAGGGAGAGGCAACAACAACAACAACAAUCGGAGCAGAAUGCAGUAUGACGCUAAUGGGCGGCCAAUAAUUCAAUGUCGGACCUGCAACCAAUGGGGGCACUUCGCUCGGGAAUGCCAGAACUCUGAAACCCCCCAGAGCCUAUGUAGAUGGUGCGGCCCCGGUGAUCACAAUGACGCAAACUGUCCUAAGCAGGGGGUGAAUCUUCUCAAUAUUGAGAAGAUGGGCGAACAUGAAGAAGUAUUGGCAAUCACUCAUGCGCAAGCGAAGAAGACGUAUCCCGACCCCCGCACAGAGAUGGAGAGACUACGGGAGGCGAAGGCCGACAUUGAACGGGAGAUUUCAAUGUCGGCAGAAGGACGGAAGGACACAAAGAUGAGGAGUCCUUCAACCCGCGUGAAAGCAGAAAAGAAUAUUAUUGGGCAAGUCUUGCAGAUGGAGAUAGAGGAGCCAGCCGAUCCGGAGGUCUUCCCUCCGGAAUACAGAGAAUAUAAGGAGGGGGAAGCCCGAGUGGACGAGGCACCGGCACAUCAGUUCGAGAAAGACAAGCCAAUUCAAUUUGAAGAGUCCAAGCUAAAGGCAACAAACCUGGGAAAGGAGGAGGACCCACGGAAUAUAUUAGUCGGGGAUGACUAG